CCUCCUGGAAGAGCGGGGCGGAGGUUUGGCCGACGGACCGAGUACGGGUGCCGAGCAGGCUCUUACGGAAGUCCAUUCGCCAUUGGGAGGGCCGCAGAGGCUGCUCUGUGCCCUUGUUGCUGCGGGCCUCUUCCUGGGUCAUUCCCGGAGCAGGACCGGACUGGGGUUGACACCAGGGCUCCCCGCUGGCCGCCUCGGCGCCUGUGUGACCUCCUCGCCGGCGGGAUGUGGCGAGUUCGCCGGGCUGCCGUGGCCUGUGAGGUCUGCCAAUCUUUAGUGAAACGCAGCUCUGGAACGAAAGGAAGUUUACCACUACAAAAACUACAUCUGGUUUCACGAAGUAUUUAUCAUACACAUCAUCCUACCUUAAAGCUUCAAAGACCCCAAUUAAGGACAUCAUUGCAGCAGUUCUCUUCUCUAACUAGCCUUCCUUUACGUAAACUGAAACUUUCUCCGGUUAAAUAUGGCUACCAGCCCCACAGGAAUUUUUGGCCAGCAAGAUUAGCAGCAAGACUGUUGAAACUCCGGUAUCUCAUACUCGGAUCUGCUGUUGGGGGUGGCUAUACAGCCAAAAAGACUUUUGAUCAGUGGAAAGACAUGAUACCUGACCUUAGUGACUAUAAAUGGAUUGUACCUGACAUCGUGUGGGAGAUUGAUGAGUACAUUGAUUUGGAGAAAAUUAGAAAAGCCCUUCCUAAUUCAGAGGACCUUGCAAAAUUGGCACCUGACUUUGACAAGAUUGCUGAAAGCCUCAGUGUACUAAAGGACUUUUUCACCACAGGUCACAAAUUGGUUAGUGAAGUCAUAGACGCUUCUGACCUACUUCUCUUGUUAGGUUCACCUGGAGAAACGGCCUUUAGAGCGACAGAUCCCGGAUCUGAAAGUGACAAGCGUUAUAGAAAGGGUCUGCUUGGUGAGCUCAUUCUCUUACAACAGCAAAUUCAAGAGCAUGAAGAGGAAGCACGCAGAGCUGCUGGCCAGUAUAGCACGAGCUAUGCCCAACAGAAGCGCAAGGUGUCAGACAAAGAGAAAAUUGACCAGCUUCAAGAAGAGCUUCUGCAUACUCAGUUAAAGUACCAGAGAAUCUUGGAACGGCUCGAAAAGGAGAACAAAGAAUUGAGAAAAUUAGUAUUACAGAAAGAUGACAAAGGCAUCCAUCAUAGAAAGCUUAAGAAAUCUUUGAUUGAUAUGUAUUCUGAAGUUCUUGAUGUUCUGUCUGAUUAUGAUGCCAGUUAUAAUACACAAGAUCAUCUGCCAAGGGUUGUUGUGGUUGGAGAUCAAAGUGCUGGAAAAACUAGUGUGUUGGAAAUGAUUGCUCAGGCACGAAUAUUUCCUAGAGGAUCUGGGGAGAUGAUGACACGUUCUCCAGUUAAGGUGACUCUCAGUGAAGGCCCUCAUCAUGUGGCCUUAUUUAAAGAUAGUUCUCGGGAGUUUGAUCUUACUAAAGAGGAAGAUCUUGCAGCAUUAAGACAUGAAAUAGAACUCCGAAUGCGGAAAAAUGUGAAAGAAGGCUGUACUGUCAGUCCAGAGACCAUAUCCUUAAAUGUAAAAGGUCCUGGACUACAGAGGAUGGUGCUUGUUGACCUACCAGGUGUGAUUAAUACUGUGACAUCAGGCAUGGCUCCCGACACAAAGGAAACUAUUUUCAGUAUCAGCAAAGCUUACAUGCAGAACCCUAAUGCCAUCAUACUAUGUAUUCAAGAUGGAUCUGUGGAUGCUGAGCGCAGCAUUGUUACAGACUUGGUCAGUCAAAUGGACCCUCAUGGAAGAAGGACGAUAUUCGUCUUGACCAAAGUAGACCUGGCGGAGAAGAACGUGGCCAGCCCCAGCAGGAUUCAGCAGAUAAUUGAAGGAAAACUCUUCCCAAUGAAAGCUCUAGGUUAUUUUGCUGUUGUAACAGGAAAAGGAAACAGCUCUGAAAGCAUUGAAGCUAUAAGGGACUAUGAAGAAGAAUUUUUUCAGAAUUCAAAACUCCUAAAGACAAGCAUGCUAAAGGCACACCAGGUGACUACAAGAAAUCUAAGCCUUGCUGUAUCAGACUGCUUUUGGAAAAUGGUACGAGAGUCAGUUGAACAACAGGCCGAUAGUUUCAAAGCAACACGUUUUAACCUUGAAACUGAGUGGAAGAAUAACUAUCCUCGCCUGCGAGAACUUGACCGGAAUGAACUAUUUGAAAAAGCUAAAAAUGAAAUCCUCGAUGAAGUUAUCAGUCUGAGCCAGGUUACCCCAAAACAUUGGGAGGAAAUCCUUCAGCAGUCUUUGUGGGAAAGAGUAUCAACUCAUGUGAUUGAAAACAUCUAUCUUCCAGCUGCACAGACCAUGAAUUCUGGGACUUUUAAUACGACAGUGGAUAUCAAGCUAAAACAGUGGACUGAUAAGCAGCUUCCUAAUAAAGCAGUCGAGGUAGCUUGGGAGACCUUACAAGAAGAAUUUUCCCGCUUCAUGACAGAACCAAAAGGAAAAGAACAUGAUGACAUAUUUGAUAAACUCAAAGAGGCUGUUAAGGAAGAAAGUAUUAAACGUCACAAGUGGAAUGACUUUGCAGAGGACAGCUUGAGGGUUAUUCAACACAAUGCUUUAGAAGAUCGAUCCAUAUCUGAUAAACAGCAAUGGGAUGCAGCUAUUUAUUUUAUGGAAGAGGCUCUUCAGGCUCGUCUCAAGGAUACCGAAAAUGCAAUUGAAAAUAUGGUAGGUCCAGAUUGGAAAAAGAGGUGGUUAUACUGGAAGAAUCGAACUCAAGAACAGUGUGUUCACAAUGAAACCAAGAAUGAGCUGGAGAAGAUGCUGAAGUGUAAUGAGGAGCACCCAGCUUACCUUGCGAGUGAUGAGAUAACUACAGUCCGAAAGAACCUUGAAUCACGAGGAGUAGAAGUAGACCCAAGCUUGAUUAAGGAUACUUGGCACCAAGUUUAUAGAAGACAUUUCUUAAAAACAGCUCUAAACCAUUGUAACCUUUGUCGAAGAGGCUUCUAUUACUACCAGAGGCAUUUUGUUGAUUCUGAGUUGGAAUGCAAUGAUGUUGUCCUGUUUUGGCGAAUACAGCGUAUGCUUGCUAUCACCGCAAAUACUUUAAGACAGCAACUUACAAACACUGAAGUCAGGCGAUUAGAGAAAAAUGUUAAAGAGGUAUUGGAAGAUUUUGCUGAAGACAGUGAGAAGAAGGUAAAAUUGCUUACUGGCAAACGAGUUCAACUGGCCGAAGACCUCAAAAAAGUUAGAGAAAUUCAAGAAAAACUUGAUGCAUUUAUUGAAGCUCUUCAUCAGGAGAAAUAAAUUAUAAUAAAAUCCUACUCAUCAUAUAAUCACCUCUGCAUACAUCUGAAGAAAGAAAACUCGAAAGUCUUUUGUCUUGCCUUUUGUUCUUCUGCUAUUCUGCCUUUCUAAACAUAAAAUAAAGUCAUGGAAUAAAAAUGAUUUAUGUGUGUUAGAGGCACUUUAACAGUCAGCUACCUUUUGAAUGGAAGAAAAGUGGAAAUGCCAUUAACAUUCUGUUUUAUUGUAUUAAAGUGAGAAACUGGGAUAAUUUAAGUGGUGUGGCCAUUAGGCUGUCCUUGAAGAUAAGAAACUUGCACUCCUGCUUGUUGUCUCAUUUCUAGUGGCACGAGUUCAACUGACUCAUUAGCCAACGUUACUGGAUGUAAUUUCUUUUCCAGAGAAAGAAUGUUAGGUGUUUUGAAAUAAAACUUAUGGCAAUUUUCUAAAGGCUAUCAAUUGUAUAUAAAAUGAUGGUAACCUGCUGAGUUGUUGUCUGUAUCUGCAGUGUUCUGUGUACAGAAGCUAUUUGACCAGGAUAGUUCAGUUUAUAUUUACUUGAAAGAAAGUGAGUUAACAGAAAAACUCUUCAAAUAGGUUAAUUUGUAUUACAAUUCUGUGUACAUUCAGUGAAAGAUUUCAACCCUUCAUUGACAGCUUAGAAGUUGCCUUAGAAGCUAAGUCAGUAGCAGCUUACCUAUUUGAUUCAGUUGAUGUUUUUGUACUUUCUCUAUCCAUUUGAAUUCAUUCAUUUUGGAUGUUUUAUACUUGAGCUAGGCUUUCUUGUUGACAGUGGUUUUUUGUUGGUUUUUUUUUAACCUGUUGACAGAGCUGUUGGAUUGUGACGUAAGAUGGGGAAGAUUAAGAAUAAUCAAUUGACUAAUUCAUUUAGACUAUUGUCAACAUUUCAUUGAAGCCUCAGGAAAAGCCUUCUUUCAUAAAAUUGUGUUUUAAAUGGAAAUUAUUUCAACAGUUAGAAUUACGUUGACCAUUCCCUUCUUCCCUGGAUGUUUAAAGAAAAAUAUAAAGUUUAAUUCAUUGCAGUUCAAUUAUGGUAAUAUCCUCACAUCAUUUUCAUGUGUUUUUUUUUUUAAUAUUUUGUAAUGGCUAAAGGACUUUAAAGCAAAGAAAUAGGCCAUUUUUGACUUUCAAUGUCUUUGCCAUUUAACUCUGCUUCUUGCUGCCAUUUCAUUAUACCUUUAGUAUUCUAAUAAAAGUGCCCAUUUUGUGACAGUUUUUAUUUUACAGUUUACUUAAUUUUUAAGUUUCUUAGAAUUAUGUUCUGGUAAUAGUUCCCACAUUUUUUUAAAUUUAACAUCAGUACAUUCUUUAUUGUGAUCUCUAUCAAGAUCUGACACAAUAUACAAGGUUAAAGGAUACCACAAAAUAUUUCAGAAAUUGAAAAUUCAGGAAUUAUUUGUUAUAUACUGUUUGAUAGGAUGUAGAUGCAGUUUUAAGCAGAGAGUAGCAAUAUAUUUUAUUUGGGAACUGAGUCUUCAAGAACAUUUCUGUAUCCUUCAGACCUGGGGACAGUGGGUGGGUGGGUGAAUGGAGAGGGAAUAGGGUUCCCCGAUGUUCUGUACAAAGGUUAAGAGGUGACCUUACUGGUUAACUCCCUCUAACUAGUGCUGGCCAGUGAGUGAAUACCCUCACUGAAGCAGACAUCAUUCAGUUAGUAAUUAAUAUUUUUGCAGUUGUAAAACACAGCAACUUUACAACUACAAAUGUAUUUCUAAAAAGAAAGGAAAAGGACCGUGUUUAUUUCUGUGAGCUAUGGAUAGGGAAAAAAGCGCUCAGCUGUGUUUCUACAGAUUUCCCCCAAGCAAAAGGCUGAUGUUAGUCAGUGCUUUUAUUACAUCUCUUUCUAUAAAUUUAAGAAGGGGUGGUUAAAGGAGAUGUCUCCAUUUCUUUGAGAUUGGUAUUUGUGAUUUAAAUAUAUAAAUAAAUAAUAAAAUUUUAUUAAAAAUCCCAUUUUAGAGUCCAGACAGUUCCCUGUCCUACUUGGUAAUAUAACUUCUUUCAUGGAUUAUAUAUUGUUUUCCUUUAUGGCAGAUCUCACACUAAGCAUGCUUCCCUCCCCACCCAAAAGCUAGCUAUUUCUUAAAAUUGGAUGUUUUAAAAGAAAAAAAAAAAAAAACCUCUCAGAUUUUCAACAGUAAACUGUGUUGUGUCAGUAGUUCAGAAAUCACAAAUGAUUCAAAUGCAAACAAAUCACUACACAAAAGUAUAAAAAUGUAACAAAUAGAAACAAAUUCAGUAUAUAAAAGUUAAAUUCUAAUGAGACCAGGAGUCAUUUUGUAUUGCACCACAGAAUUUGCAAGGAAUAGAAUGAACAAAACUCUGUACUGAAGACUGAACAACUGUAAAUAGAUUGUAUCUAAAAUUUACUCAAUCCAGGUAUCAAUUUAAGAAAUCAAGCUAUGUAGGCAGUGAAUGAUAGGAAAUGAGCAGUUCCUGCAGCUUCACGGUUGAACCAUAGUUCAGCUGAGCUGUAGUUACAAGCGGAGCAGUCAGCCUUUCUUAGCUGCUUAAUUAUGUCCUCUUUUCUCUGUAUUAUCCCCUCUUUCCAGGCUUUACUCCAACACACUCCUUCCCACAAAUUAUUGAGCCUCCAGAUACAAAUGAGUAGUGUAAUAAUGAGUAGGGAACGUUGCAGAGAGUGGUAUUUCCUGACCUUAUAAUUUGGGAAUUUUGCAUAUGAUAUUAAGAUUCAGAGUGUAGGUUUAAAAGGUAAAUCCCUUAACCAGUCAAUAAUUUUAUUUUUAUUUAUUUUAGAUGUAUUUAUGUGCUAAAAGAAAUAUGUUUUAGUUUUCCAAUAAAGGGGAUCAAAGUUUUGUGUUUUGUUUUUUUUCAGUUUUGGUUCUCUAAGCUGGUAUAUGCUGUAGUUUCAGGAACUUCAGCAGUAUAGAAAUAUGUUUAUAAAUAUGCUUACCUUUUGAAUAAUCAUGGCUUUAUGUUUAAAUAUUUAAAACUUAGCCUUGUUUUUACUUGUGCACUAUGAAUGAACUUUGUAUUAUUUUUAAAAAUGUUCACACUAUAUGUAGAUGUUACUGCAAUUUAUAUUUUGCCUGUGCUUGAUCUAAGAUCAUUGGUGUAGAUGAGUAAUUAAAGACACUGAAAUCAUGUUAUUGGAGAGCA